AUGUUGGCUCCUCGAUGUUCUGUUUAUAUGUUGAGAUUUGCCUGUCUUCUGCUGUUUCUCCUGCAGCCCGUUCCCAUUCGAGCUGAUUCUAUCUGGGGGGCUAGCAUCUGGAUCGAUCCAGCUCCGCCGCCAGGCGAAGGACCCCCAAUAUCUGCAUCUGCUAUCAGAGAUCCUACGUUACUCUGGAGAGAAGUUGUUGCCAUUGUCGCAACAUACAUUGCCAUCGUGUCUCUCCUCCUAGGUUGCCUCCUCACCGUCGGCAGACGGCUCCGUCGCGGCGCACAAGAGUCAAACAGAACACUAGAGAUGGAUCUCGUCAAACCAUCGGGAGGAAUGAUGGAAGAAUCACCAGCCCCAGUGGAAUUCUCGACCAACAAUAUGUGGCCGAGUCCAAUGAGUCCUACAACCCAAAACAACGUGUGGCCGAGUCCUCCUAAAGGUAAAGCUCGAUCCUUCAAUCUACCAUGGUCGUCUUCGAAUCGAGCACAGUCCGCAGCCUCAAUAGCCGGGAGCGUUUCGACAAUUGACGAAAACGUUGUCCAGGCGGAUCGUAUGAGGGCACAAGAGGAGAUGGAAAGACUCUACGCUGCCGUCAUGGAGCACGAUGCGAGAAAGUCCGCCAUGUCUCAGGACACAACAAAUACUAGAGGAACUCUCCCCUCACCUCUGAGGUCGCCUGUACAUCUACAACCACCCGAUGGCCCUCCGGAAUUCCGCCAUUUAAGGCGACAGCAGCAACCAAUGUCACCUGUAUCCCCUUGCCCUGGAUCGCCACUCUCAGCAUGCCACCUACCAACGGUAUCCGAGUUCGAGCCUCAGCAUCACUCUAGUCUACCUUUCCAGGAAGAGCCAGCUUCUAAGGAAUCACCCAUUUCACCACGAACCGAACGGUUCUCCAGGCUUUCACAGCUCUCUUUCCUCAGCUCUCGAUCCAAAAACUCCACGACCUCCCCAAAGAAACUGCUCGGCCGCAGUUCCGUCCGAGGCCUUCAAAUCUCAUCCCCAAUGGGCUCCCCAGAACUCAACUCCCGCGACUUUCCCGAUAAACAACCCCUCUCCCCACGCACGUACAACCCCGGCCCUCCUCCCUUAACGCCUCAUGAGCAAGCGAAACUCAACUCUCCUCAAGGCAGCAUGGCCCCUCCUCCAGCAAUCCUUGCUUCUCCGCCCAGCAAGGAAUCGCUGGAUAGCCGCAAAUUCCGCCCUACCCCUCCCUCGCUGAAUAUAAAUACUGCUCAUAGUACACCUCCGCUGCCGUUCCGUGUUGCGUACGACAGCCCCAUGAGUGCACCCUCAACCAAGACAACCAUCGUUGAACGACGGACUAGUCUUAUGCACGGACCACGGACAGGGGUUCCUCGAACCCCUUACAGUCCGUAUAUGCCAUUUACCCCCAUCACUCCAUUGACGCCUAGCCGCAUUGUCACCCGCCAGGAGCGGAAACAAAAGCAAAGGCGGGAUGGACCAAGAGUGUUGGUGGAGGAAGAUUUGGUGAAGAGUGAUGAAGAUAUGUGGUCAUAG